UAUAUCUCUGAUUGCUUUCCAAAUAUGGAAGCAAGUAGUACUUGUCUGAGCUGAUACAGGGCUAUGUGUAUAUACGUAUCAAAACAAAUACGUAUGCUUUUUUGGACUGUGAAUAAACAGAACAAAUGUUUGUUAACAGAUUAACUUGUACAAAGAUGCUAACAUGCCUCGUACGCCGUAGGCGGUUCUUUUUAUUUGUGUCCUAAUACAUCACCACAGAAGAUGGCAGUCACCGAAGCGCUUAAGGAACGAGGGUGGAAUCUCUCUGAAGAAGCUGUCGGCCAAAUAACAGAUAAUGGAAGCAUAACUGAUGUUAAACAAAUUAUUCAAAAGGCGCUUGACAUUGACUUGAGAGAAAUCAGCACAUCGGGCUUCCCAGAAGAUUUAAACAAAACAAAAUAUGAAACUAUACCUGGAAGUUUUGUUGUUCAGAUACAGAAGAUACGGAAUAUAUCAGCCCCAAAAGCAAAUGAAGAUUCUAAAGCGGCUCCUCGAAUGCUUAAAUUAUCUCUUACAGAUGGCCAAAUUAGCUGUCAAGCAGUUGAAGUUGAAUACAUGCCUCGAAUCAGCUUGGAUACACCACCAGGAACAAAGCUGUUUUUCAAGGGUGACCAGCUCCCUAUGUCACAUGGUUAUCUCCUGCUUAGACCUUCCCUUAUUGAAGUUCUUGGUGGAAAAGUUCCACACCUUGUUGAAAAAUGGGAACUGAAUCGGACCUUAGCAAAACAUACCAGAGGCAGAGUUGGGGAAGAAGGUGGACCACCACCAUGGAUUCCAUUUGGUCAAAAAAUACUGAAGCCUAACCAUCAGGAUCGAAAUUUUAAGUCCCUAGAAACAGCGAAGGAGAAGGAAAACAGAGAAAACGCAGAAUUCGAAGCGCAAAGGAAAGAUGCUAUCGCUGAAGCAGCUCGUGGUGGUGCCAAGAAGAUUUUCGGAGGAGGCAACAAGCCAUUACUGGAUCACAACGUGCAGCAGAUUGUAGAUUAUGGUUUUACUGUAGAGCAAGCUGAAUACGCACUUCGUCAGAACAGGAAUAAUGUUCAAAGAGCUUUAAAAGUUUUGCAGCGGCGAGUGGAUGGACAAAGGAGAGAUGAUAGUGGUCGGGAACGACCUCGAUCUGAAGGAAAAGGCAAAGGUGGAGAUGAACGUGAAAGAAAAAAGAGAGGAGAGAGGGGAGGUGAAGAGGACGGUGGUGCACCUCCAAAACCAUCUGGAAAAGUUCAACUUUUUGCAUUUUUGGAAGACAAGCUGCCUGUGUCAUCAGAGAAAGAAAGUGAGCAUAGAAAUGCAAGUAACAUCAGCAACAACACUGGAAGCAAUACUAGUGGUGGCAAUGUUAUGACAUCCAACAACAUAAAUCCUGAUAAGAAGCAGUUUGGUACUGACAUGACAAACAAAGCUAAUUCCAAUUCUCGCACGAGCAGAACUGAUCGCCCUAAUUAUUCUCAGUCACGCAAUAAUGGCAGCAGAGGAGGAAACGUUAGUGGAGGUGGUAACAGUGGAGGUUCAAGAAGUAAUCGAGGAUCAAGAGGAGCUAACAACACAGCUAAUAAUAUGACUUGGAGUAAUGGAAGUGAUGCACGAAGUGGUGGGAAUUUCUCUUCUAAUGCAUCAGCAAGGGACAGUGAUCGUGGCCGUCACUCAUCGUCUGCUGGCAACAGUGGUUCCACAUUACAGCAACAGAAGCCACCACGUUUUCAGAAUCAGCAAAGGUUCCAGCAACAGCAACAACACCAACAACCACCACAGUCACAACAACUUAACGACAAUUUUUAUGGACAGCCGUGGGCUAACUCCUACCCAGAAACACAGUACAACACCAACACUUGGUCAUCAAAAAAUUCUGUUCCAAACAGUUCAAAUAGCAAAAUUAGGGACGAUUAUGUAAACCAUGAAACAUUUUCUUCACUUGGGUAUGAAAUGAAUAAGAACAGGUCGCGCUCAAAUAAUGCUGGAGCUGGAGGAUUUGGAAUGAACUUUGAACCUGAUACAGACAGCAGAAUUUUGGGAAACAGGCUUGAAAGAAUGAGUAAUACUAGGAAUUACCCACCACAACAGGAUAUUUUGAAUAGCAAAUUUGGCACUCUUCCACAGAGUGGAAUAGGCCAUGAUACAUACAGCAGUUACACACCUCCACCUCCACCUCCUAGGAUUCAGCAAACUCAGCAGUUGUAUGGUGGUGCAGAAUUUACAGCUUACAAGGACCCAGUACAGCCUGCAGUCUCGAAUAAUGUCCACAACUCAACUGGUAGCAAUUAUAGCAAUCCAGGACAGGGCAUGUAUAGUUCUCCUUCCAACCAUUACAUCGCGGACAACAAAGUGUGGCGAUGGCAGAAGGGAGACAAGUGCAUGGCAAAAUACUGGGAGGACAAUGUGUAUUACAAUGCGGAAGUUACUGGUGUGUCAGAUAGGACUUGUGUUGUGAGGUUUGUGGAAUAUGGUAACUAUGAGGAAGUUCUCCAGGAUGACUGCAUACCAAUUACAGAUGAAGGCUUAGGGCAGAGUAUACAGUCAUCCAGUGCCUUCAGCAGCUCCUCUGACUCACUGCCUCCACAGAAUAAUCAGAACCACUUUUCAGGUAUACUUGAAUUUCGCCGAGGUGGCACAAGGCCGUACAUAAAGAGUGCAGGUGCAGAUCGUAAACCUCCACGCAUCCAGCAACAGUUGUACAUGCCUCCAGCUCAGCGAAAGUGACUGGAGGCUUAAAGCCUCUUCCAGGACUUCUGUCUUUCGCUUUUAACUUUGUAACUCAACAUCUGUAUGUAAAGAAUGUAUUGGAAGAUAGGCGUGAUUAAUAAUUGGCUAACCAUGGUUGUGUAAGCAUCAUACCAUAAAUCAUGUACCUAUAGGGUACUACUACUAAAAUCUAGACAGAAUCAUUUUUAAACUUAUCAAAGUGGAACAUGAAAUGUGCCAAUAUAUUUUUAUGUUAAAACUCAUUUCUUUGAACCCAUAUUGUGUGUUGUUACUAUGGAAACUAACUUUUAUGUCAUCUGUAAAAGAAGCUUUUAAUUGCUCUUGAAGAGAGAUUUUUGGAAAAGAACAUUCUUCUAAUUAAGGAAUGUGGUGUUUGUGUAGUAUUGUAUGUAACAGUAAUAAUGUUGUAAUUUUGUUUCUGUAUGAGUAAAUUGUUGCCCAUAAAAAUAUUUUGAAGCUACCAUUAUUUAAUGGCUGCAGUAUAGGUAAAUAUGAUUUUAGUUAUGUCCGUUAAUGUUGGAAAGUUACAAUUCACUGAUACAUUUGUAGACUCAAAUAAAUAUUUUCAAGUAACCUGCACUGGAGAUCUGUGCAGAAUCAAAAUUAAUUUCAAGACUAUGCAAAUUUUUGUUUUUGACUUUAAAAAAUAAAUGAUUGUUAGUUAUGUUACAGCUGAGAAUAAUACAUUGGCUGUGAGGAAUGUUUCUUGUACAUGAUUUUACGUCUUAGCAGUGAGUGAGAAGUAUUGGCCUUAACUUCCACAGGAAAAGCUAAUGGUUGUAUUUUUCAUGGCAAUACAUGAUUAAGGCAGCUUUUCUUUUGUAUUUCAUGAAAAAAUAUGGUUUUCAGUUUCAGGUGUUUUGUGUUUCAUUCAGAAAAAUGCCCAUAGCAUGUUGGCAUUAAGAAACAUUCCAAAAGUUCUUUGUGUGAAUGAUUCUGCAGUAAAAAGGGAAACUAGGUAGAGGAGAGAGCUCGGCAAAAAUUCUUUUGUAAAGUUAUUUCAGGUCUGUGACAUAAUUCUGCACAUUGAAAGUUUGUAUGUAAUAUCUCUCUCUCUCUCUCUCUCUCUCUCUCUCACACACACACACACACACACACACACACACACAUUUAUAAUAAUUGAAUUAAUUACAAAAAAUAGUUAAAUGUAUGUAUUCUUCUAGAUGACAUUAUGUUAUUACAUGGCAGUUUUGUAUUGUCUUAAACAUGUGUAGCCAUGAAAUUUAACUUUUGAGAUACUUGAGUAUUGGAAUGUAGAGCUGUUUACCUGAAUUCUGAAAACGUUCCUCCAGUUUAUGGAGAAACAAUACGAAAGAUUUUAAUGGAAGUCAAGUAUCAUCCCUAUUGAAAUAUGUUUCUGUCACAUAUGAAAAUGUUACAAACAGUCACAUUUGUCAGAUUAUCUAUUUGACUGUCUUUUACAAAGUUAUAUAAUGAUGUUUCAAGUGUAAACAGAGCAGUUAAACCAUUUUGUGUUGAAGUUACAGAGGUGAAAGUGUCAAACAGUGGAGGAGAGCUUGCACUAGUGUUUAAUAAUACCUGAAGUUGCAGGAUAUUGUUCCUUGCUGUAUGUUGGCUGAGUGUUUAAUUGGUAAUUCUUGUUCUAAAUGAAAUAUUUGAGUUCUCAUUUAAAUUUCAGAGCAAUUCUAACAGCUAAAGCAAAAAUACAGCUGACGAUAUUUGUUGUUGUUUUAUAUUAUGUUAAAAAAGAAAUGAGAUUAUGUAUAAUUAGUUUUUUAGUAUUUAAUACAGUAUUUAUUUCUUACUCAGAAUAAAUUAUUUAUUUUGUAAAAAAGAGUACCAUCCUUGUUGUAUCAGUAUGGUAUGCAAAGUAUGACAAUAACUGUCAGAAACUUUCAGUUGUUCUGAAGCAGUUUCUUGGUGCAACGCAAAUUAUUAUGCAGUUUAAAUUGCUUUAAUUGGUUGUACUCAUUUAUGGUAAUGGGGAAGGAGGAAGAACAUAAGGACUGACAUUGGCAAUUAUUACUUUGUGUAAAACGGGCGGAAAACCUUUUUCUUUUUGUUCAUUAUAGGAUGAAAUUAAUUUUCCAUGCUUAUUUAUGGAUGACCUCACUUUCACAAUUAAUUGUAACAUCACAGGACCUCAUAGAGGGGGAACUAUAUGGCUGAAAGUAUUGAAUCCUGCUUCUCACUUUAAAGGAAGGAAAAUAGUUAUCACAUCUAAUAGAAUGAUACCCGGCGAAAUGAGCAAAGCACUUAAAUGGUGAAACUAACCUUUCAGCUGAUGGCUACUUCAUUCUUAGACAGAAAAUUGUCAGUGAGUAUAAGAUGAUUUCACACACAGAAUUGAUUUGUGUCUUUUGGCUAUCAGUUUCGGCAUACAUUUGAAAGUAUGCCUAUACUAUGAUCUUUCUUACGUAAAUAUGAUUGCAGGAAUAUUUGCAUUAGUAUUAUAUUCUUCGCUAUCCAUUUGAAAACAUUUAUACGAAGUACUAAUUUGCAUGUUUCAGUGAUAUAUGGGAAGAGUUGUAACAUUAAUUUGUUCCAUUAUUUUUGCCUUAUGUCUAGCUUGAGAUGACAACAUAAGUUGCUUUCUUCUUUGAUGUAUUACAAAUAUUAAAUCCUCUGUACAGCAAUGAAAUACAAGAAUCGUUGCAGCUUUUUGAAAAGAUCGUCCUUAUUUCACAGUGAUAUUCACGGUGAUAUUUAUAUACUCACUUAAGCAAAUGCUUCAUUUCCACUUGGUUGUAAAUAUACUUUAUAUCUUAUUAGCACAGUUUGCUUUGUAUAGGGAUUUCAUACAAUUUCCUACUUGGAGGGUAAUUUAGCAUGUCUUAUCACCACUUACAGUUGCUUUUCCAAAUUGUACCUUUUGAUGAUGACAAUGAUGAUCAUGAUCAUGAUCAUCAUCAUCAAUAAUAACACUCAUUGCAUCAACCACAGACUGAAAACUUUUCUUGUUCACUGUCUCCUUCAUGUUAUACUAACAAAAAAAAUACAGAUCAGUUUAAUCCAUAGUGUGCAGAAACCAGCCCUCUUCAAUUGAGGCAUGAAAAAUCUGCCAUUGGCAUGCAUGUUUCACUUAAAAAAGUGUGUGACAUGCCUUGUUGUUGUCUUCUGUGAAAAGUGUGUGACAUGCCUUGUUGUCGUCUUCUAUGUAUUCAGUUCGUGAAUGAUCAUAGGAAUUUAUGCAAAACUGUUAUCUUUGAUUAAUUUUAUUACGUGAAAGUAUGUGGAUUUGAAAUGAUCAGUGUAACAGCACAACAAACAUGUUCAAUGGCUGUUUCCUGUAAGUGCAUCUUGCUGCGCUGAUAACUUUGUUCAGCAGACAAGUUACUGGAAUAAUUAUCAGAGUGCUUCACUCAUUUGUCACAAAACAUCUCAUUUAACAUAUACCACAGAAUAUAUUGCUUUCUGCGCCUUCCAUGCUUUUUAAGUUGUUAUUGCCUCCAUUUCCAACAAAAUAUUUGGCAAAUAUAUACAUAGCACACAUCAGGUGUUGUGUGUUAUUAGAUCAUAAAUUAAGCACUGAUAGAGAAGCAGCAUUAAUUACAAGAACCAUUUGUGACUACUGGGCAUCUAAAGAUUUCUUCCAUGGUAAGCUUGUAAUUGUAAUUGUUGAGUGCACUUUGGACAAACAUUACUUGCUCCUUGCAGACGUGGCUCUCAUCUGUGCAUUGUAUUUGCACUUCUGUCUUCAAAUCUGAUGGGAUGCUAAAUUAUUAGUAAAAUUGUCAACUGGUGAAGUUUCUUCUAUGUAAUUAAAGUUUUAUCAUCGUAAAUGAUGAGUCAUAAUACAUCUCAAAGUUUCUGAACUUCCAUUGUUCCUUUUUUUAGUAUUAUUUUGUGUGUUUAUGUAUGACAUAUGGCUUCGGUGGUUUGUCAUUUCUUCUUUGGAAAAAAAAAAAGUGUGACCAAAAGUCUUUCACAGUUUUUAUUCUGUAUGGUAAUUUAAGUGGUUUUCCUAUAAAUAAUAAACAGAAAUUUUACUCUCACUAAAAUAAACAAAAGAGAAACUGGUAAUGGAACCUGUAGGAUAGAAGGAAAGAUACCAGCAAUUUCACUGGAAGUGAAAUGGUACAUAGUGAACAAAGCACGCAGUAGAGGAUGUGAUGGCCAUUAAAAGCAGCAAAUGGUAUGUGUAUAUGCCAUAUCAGUCUCCCUCUCUACCAACUUUGUUGUUUCAGAGUUUUAUCUGAUGGGCUCUAUUCGCCACUUACACUUCACUCAUGAUAAUACCUUAAUUUUAUAAAAAAUUGAUUCCAUUUGACCAUCAGUAAGACAUUAUGAUGUACUAUCUCAUUUCUACCUUGUGAACAGACGAAAGGCAUCUAUUCUGUAUAAACAUCACAUACUAUAUAUAGUAUGAUAAAAUUACUUGUAAGUUGACAUCUGUCAUUUGCCAUUACAGUGUUAUCACAUUGAUUGCCACGUCAUUAAAGGCGAAAUGCACAAACAGGGCAAAUCACUUCACAAGAGCAGUUAUUUACUCAGAGCAGUGUAGUGUUGGAAGGGGCUGCUGUGAUGUGUGAAGAGACCACGAAAUGCUCUGUCUACAGUUGAUUUUAAGUGACCAAUGACUGAAAUGCGGCGGAUGAUGUGUUUUAUAGCCCAGAAUUUACAGUCAUGUCCUAACUUAACCACAGUCUCAUGAUGUGCAAUGUAACUCAGAAAAUGGCGAUCAUCAAACUGUAGCAGAACUAGUAAUCACUCUCGCUUUACUCACAGCAAUUAAAGCUAACCUCUGCAAGCAAUAUCAAGUCAGAAAAAUUUCAGUUUCAGCAUUAAAAGCAAACUGUAAUUUCAAGUUUUCAUUGUUUACCUGAAUUUAUCCACACACUGCUACACGAGCUGACACUUUAUUGACCAUUGAAAAGUUCUGGUUGGCACUCAGUUACUGAGGUUGUAAGCACAUUCCAAACAAAACAAAAUAAAAA